CUUCGGUCGACGCGGUUGUUGGCGGUUGGUCGUGGUGUAUCUAAGCGGCGCUCCGCCGAGCCGCCUGCUGAUUACCUCCCCGCACCGAUUUUCUUCGGCGCCGGCGAAGCGGCUGCGGUGUGUUGGUAGCGGCAAAUCAGCGCGUUCGGGUUUCGGGCCGCAGCCUACAGCGGACGCAGUGUGCAUCAAACGGGAAGAGAGAAAAAAAAAAGCGGGGGAGUUUGUGUGCCGCUCGGCCCAUCGUCAAGCUCCUCUCUCUCGUGUACGGCGUCUUCUUCGUCUGCGAAGCGUGAACGUUGCCGUGUCGCCCGCCGUCCCAGCGCCGGGGCUGCCCAAGAAAAAGGCCUCGCCGGCGACGCAUCGGUCCGUCGUCGCCAAGUGGUGCUGCUGCCGCCGCCGCUGCUGCUGCUGCUGGAAUCGGGGUAACACAACACGUUCGGGCGUCGAUCGAUAGUUGAAGAUGGCGGGAACGCAGGACCAAAAGUGGCAAAAGGAUGCAGUGGACCAGAACUUUGAUUACAUGUUCAAAAUCCUCAUUAUUGGAAACAGCAGUGUUGGCAAAACUUCGUUCCUGUUUCGCUACGCAGACGACUCCUUUACGUCAGCCUUUGUCUCCACGGUAGGCAUAGACUUCAAAGUCAAGACGGUCUUCCGACAUGACAAGAGGGUCAAGCUCCAAAUUUGGGACACAGCUGGCCAGGAGCGCUACCGAACAAUCACAACGGCCUACUACCGUGGGGCUAUGGGUUUCAUCCUAAUGUACGAUGUUACUAAUGAAGAGUCUUUCAACAGUGUCCAAGACUGGGUGACGCAGAUCAAGACAUACUCGUGGGAUAAUGCCCAAGUUAUCUUGGUGGGCAACAAGUGUGACAUGGAAGAUGAACGAGUGGUGAGCGCCGAGCGCGGUCGACAGCUGGCCGACCAGCUCGGACUGGAGUUCUUUGAGACGUCGGCCAAAGAAAAUGUAAAUGUCAAGGCCGUCUUCGAGCGCCUCGUUGACAUCAUCUGCGACAAGAUGUCCGAGAGCCUCGACUCGGACCCCGCGCUCCUGGCGGGCGGCGGCGCCAAGGGCACGCACCUCACCGACAACCCCGCCGCACCUCCGAAUGCCUCCUGCCAGUGCUAGAGCUCCUUCCUCCUGUUCCUCCUCGCCCCUGUCCCCUCCGGUCAGUCUCUGCCCAUCAAGCCGCUGGUUGAGGCCACGCGGCACUUGGCUUGCUCGCAGCAGACUCGUGCUGGGGCUGUGUUCUCGGUCGAUCGCUUUCAGCGAUACUUUCACUUUCGUGCAGCGUAGCAUCCAGCCCAGUGCCUAAAAAAACGAACGGUGAAUUCUGUGUUUCAUUUUAGAGCAGCUUUCUGUUGCUUUAAAUGCGAGGAAGCUCAUUCCCUCUUGUUGAUUUACUGCAGGUUUACUUUCUUUCUUGCAGAAUUGAGGGUUUAAUCAACUUAAACUAACGGUAAAGCAACAGGACAUGACACUAACACAAAGAAGCAAGACUGCAUGUGUGAAGCAGUCUAACUGGCAUUUAAUGCAUUGUUUCGUUUUCUUGUUUCACUGUUAGCCUGAGGACGGGUGAAGUUUACCAGCUAGCCCUCUUCCAAGCCUCAUUAAGCCCAUAGUUCGGGGGGGUGCAUGUAAUAUGCAAGCUUGCGCCAAAUCAACAGAGUGAACAUAAUUUCCUAAAUUUGGAGCAAUUAAUUGCUACUCUGUCACUGUAGCUGAAGGCAUUACCCAAGAUCAGUGUUUUUGCCACCUUCUACCUGAUGGCAACGAGACGUGACUGUUACGCUGAGAGAAAACAUAACCGUGCCUCUAAUUUUCACAGCGAGCAAAUGCCUUUGUCACGCUUAAUGCAUGUCCUGUGUGCUUUCGGUUCGUGUCUCAAAUCUCCUCGCCAUGGCACAGGACAGUCGCCAGUCAAUGCUAGUACUGUCAGCUGUUCGCGGCCUAUGGGUGCAUUCACACCGGCAAUUGACAGAGCUCGUGCGACCGACAGAGAAUGGCGAGCAACGAGACUCAAGACACAACAAGACUCAAGGCGGCUGAUGUUCACACUGGUAGGUGCAGCCGGCCCUUUGCCGCACUGAAAAGGCCCGAGCUUGAUGUCAUUCACGUCUGCUCACUCCGCCUUUGCCACUUAAAAUAAGCAGACGUUCAGCUCCUGUACCGCUGAUUGGUUCAGUAGGUUUGCAACUGCAGUUGUGUGACUGAAUAAUCAAGCAGGGAGUGACUGACCAAAAGCAGCCGCUCUUUGAUCAAAGCAACCAUUGGCGACCAACUUGGUCACACUACCUCUGCGAGUAGCCAGUGUGAAUGGGCCCCAUGACAUGUGGCUGCUGAAGUUUGUGCAGACCGCUCCAAAUAUUUUUGUCAUGUGAGCUUCUGCUUGUUUGACUAAUCAACAGCUGCUGAAAAUGGAAUGCCCAUAACAGACCAUUCUAGAACACAGUCCCAGAGUACAACUUUUGUUCUGUGUUCCACUGCAGUACCCUCUGCGUUGGCAUUAUACCUGCGUGCAAAUCAGUACCGCACGGCAAACGGUUGAACACACCUGAGAGGUGUGAGGCCGACAACAUUUGAAAUUCUUCCAACGGGAAACUGCACGCAGCUGGGAAAGCAAAGAGCUUGGCACAGAGGGUGCUACUAACUGCUUUACUGUCCAAAGCGAGGCGAGCCGAGUUGCCGUACAGCCAGAGUUGUCUCAUAACAGCGCAGGCAGAUUGGAGAGGCCCUGAUCCCUAGUGUCCACACCCCCCUCAGUACUAAGCAAGCAUUGCUCCCUUGCUGUUGUUGUUGCUGCUGUGACCGCUGCCAGCUUGACUGCCGCUAAGAAGAGCGAAGGCUGCGCCUGGGUGACUGCUGAACUGUGCGGGUGUACACAUUACGUCGGGGUAGCCCUGAUGGCGGAGGCUAAGCGUUCUGCUUUGAUUUCCAAAUGCCAAUAAGCUGGUGCCGAACAGAGCCGACAUUCUCGUUUGUCCACAUCCGAGGAUAAAACCCUGUUGCAUGAUUUCACGCGGCACUGGACACAUUUGCGACAUGUACGAGCAACAGUGUUUCAGCAAAACGGGAAAGUGAGCCAGUUUGGUAUAGGUUGAUCAAAUUUAACUGUAGCGCAAAAAAGACACAACAAGUAGAAGGAGGAGACGUGUGUCUUUUUUUAAAAAAAUCAUUAUGCUCCUUGUUUUUGUGCUACAGUUACCUAUGGUCAACAGCAUUCUUGGCAUUGUGCUUAAGACAACAUGCUCGGCAUUCCACCAGAAUUGCUAUCAUCUGUGGAUACCGAUGUGCCUCAUGCUAGUCACACAAAAUCUAGAAAAAGUUACUGUAGCUCCGAAACUGAAGGAGCAAAAAUGUCUCCCCGGGAUUGGGUCAUUUCUUUAACUUGUCUCACAUAAAAGGACUAAAAUACGGGCAAGGUGACCCACAUUCGUUGCAAAAAAGAAGUGCGUAACCAACAAGGAUGGUGAAAAUAGAAAGAAAGGAUAGACACAGCACUUGUCCUUGUUUCUAUUUCUGACACCCUUGUUGGUUGCAUACCAUUUUUGCAAUGAAUAAUUUUAUUUGUCUACCGAUCAGGUACUUCUUACACUGUAACCUACGAUGUGGCUUGCAGUGUACUCGCCAUGCCAAUGAGCUCAGGUCUAGUCUACACAGUAACUCUAUCCUCACUACACUGCAAGCAGUUGCGUUCAUCUCGUAUCAAAUGUAAUGCUGACCUGCCAAGAAGUGGGCCAAGUGGAACAGGUGUCGGUUAAAUUUAUUAUCUAUACACUCCCGCAUUGAGCACAGUCUCGUUUGGGGUUUGUUGCUUUUGUGAAGUACAGAAUGGGUUCGUAUCACCACUUCCUAGCUACUUUAGUAAGGAAGGAUCUGUUAUCAUAGUAGGGCUGUUGCACUUCAAAUUUUUUUCUUUCCCCGAGGGUCUCUACUGGAGCACGCCUCUCCCAGUAUUGUCUGAGGCAGUAGGAUUCUAAUUAGUGGGCUCACCAGCUGACAACAGAAAUUUGACACUUCACUGCUAUGGCCAGGCUUAGGUGCACGAAAUAUCGACGUGUCCGCACAAGCUUAGCAAAAUUUUACCUCGAAAUUUAGCAAAUAAAAUAUGCAUUGUUUCCACUUACCGUAAGGACCACGUUGAGUUGUACUUUUGAAGCACAAAAGGAAACGUAAACCAUGAAGCCAAAUCUGCUGUGAUAUUUCUCUCCUGCAAGUUGCCUUGUGCCUUCAAAUUUUUUUUGUGUCGGUGGGAAAUGUUCCUUAAUGCAGGCGUACGUAUUGCGUUGUCGAAACAACUGUCAUUUGCCCUUGUUUGUAGAUCAGUCAAUUCAGGACUCAAUUUGAAACGCAAUAUGGCACUGUUUUCUUUUUCAUGAAAUCAAUCCACUCCUUGCUAUGAGAACGUUUUCAAUUCCCCAUGCUGAAAUAGUUUGUGUAAGCAGCACAAGCCAGGUCAUAUGCAUCUUUAAAAUCUAAAGAAGCAGCAGAUUGCACUCCUUUAGCCUUCUCCCAACUGCCUUUUAUGUUUCGUUUCUUCCAGAGAAUUUUGUCAUGCUAGAGUGACACAGCACAAUCAAAAUAGCACGCACUGCCAAUUAAGGUUUUGUAUUCUCAUCACUAUGAGAUUCAGGGAGAGAUGUUUUGUGCGCAGGAUUUUUUUUUACUUUUCUUUUCUUACAUUUCUGCUGUGUUCAUGAAACCUUUUGCACCCGUGGAUGAUACUGUCUUUCAGGUUAUUAUUUUUUUUCCUCUUAUUGACCAUAAAUGGGGAAAAAUUACUCACUAUCAAGAUUAAAUGUGGAAAUGUUCUAUAUGCCCAUUAAGCGACUGAGACCAUACCUUUAUUCUGAUAAAAUCAAGCGUAAACACAACUUGUUUGUGCUUUAAGUUCUGCCUUUCUGGUCUUGCCAAAAUGUGCUCAUCUGUGUAGAAAGCAAGGUCUGCAGUCCUUUCAGCCCUUGAAUGUGAAAUGGGCAUUUUCAAGGCCUUGAAAGCCUUUUAAGUUUCACAGAGUGCUCAAAAAUGCUUUAGCUUUGAUUUGAUCAAAUGCUUAGAUCACAUUUUUGUGUGUUAUAAGUCCUGAGCACGAUUUCAGGCCUCUACAGUUUAUUGUAAUAAAAGCAAAGUGCAAAGGAACUUGUGAAAUUAUAUUUAGCUGUUCGUUAAAGAAACCCGUUAUGGUAAAAACUACUCAAGAGCAUUUUACUCUGACCCGCCGCUAUGGUGUUGUGCUGCCAAGCACGAGGCCGCAGAAUCAAAUCCCGGCUGCCACAGCUGCAUUUCGACGGGGGCGAAUAGUGAAAACGCCGAUGCCCCAAGCAUUGGAGGCACGUUCAAGGUACCCUGGUGGUCAAAAUUAAUCCGGAGUCACCUACUACGGCAUGCCCCAUAAUCAAAAUGUGGUUUUGGCACGUUUUGGCCCCAGAAUACAUUCAGAAUGUUACUGACAUGCCUCAUACUUGAACUAGGGCUUUGGGACGUUAAAUCUAGUCAAUUACAUAUGUCGGCUUUUAUAGAUGAAGAGCAUCUCAGCUGUUCUUGAGCAACAAAAUGACUGCAUGCCUGCCGUACUGACCUUAGGCCAUACUCCCAAGCAUCCGUGCAUGAAAAAUGCUGUUGCUUGUUUCACUUGGCAUGCUAAUAUUUAGAAACUUACAAGCCAUCGUGACAUUUCACACAUACAGCAGGGGCUUGUUUGAACUUAUAUUGAUUUGGAAUGAAGCGGGAUUUCGCACAUCUUGUAUAUUGCGUAGAGCCUUCAGCAGUUCAACCAGGCACAGCAAAGCGCUUGAAAAACAGGAGAAAUCUUAAUAGUCUGAAGAAGUCAAACGGAGCCCUCUUAUUUUUUUUCUUUCUUGUUAACAUCAGGAAUCAGCCUGUCUGCCCAUUUCCCCCCGUUGUUGAAGUGUUCUAGAAGUGCGUGGGGAUCUAUUUCACCUGGUUUUUCAAAUGGCUCGAUUCAGGUGCAGCAAUAUUCUGCUGGCUGUUGAGUGAUCUUCCAGUUAUAUAGGUGCACUGAAAAGCAAACAAAAAUUCUUGAUCACUGAGAAUCUUGCCAGAGGUCAAAAAACAGCAGCAAGAAACCACUCUGCUUUAUCCAGAUGAUAGGUGGUACACGUGUUCUCCAGCCAACAUUUUUUUCUAAGUUAUCAUGUAUUGAAGGAAAUUGGUGGCUGAUGCCGGUCAUUUUCAUAUCUGGUUUGUAGUUUCUCUGCGACGGUGGCAGAAGAUGGGGCCUGUAUUCUAAAUCAAUAACCUUUGGGAAUAUCACUUGACUGGUUGAUAGCAUUGAUUGGUUGAUUCGGUGGAAGCACAUGGUACGGAAAGAACGGCACACUCGACAUUGUUUUUUACAUCGCACAGUUCGUCGAGUGCAUUAACACAGUGUCCGUCUCUCCAGUGAGACGACAUGUUGAUCAUUGCGCCAUGCAGAUGUGAGGAUGUUCCGAAAAUUGACAGGUUGAGAACACGGCCUCUGCUUGUGCCAUAGCAGAUGAUUCGCCAGAACAUUGCUGCAGUGUGAAUCGAGCCUCGCAAGGCCUCUGUUUGUGGCUGUUGCUGUGUGGUUGUCUGAUUUAUGAAAAAAGGUGUGCGUUCUCCGUGUACAUCUCCGCUUGUUUACAAACACCCGCCUGCCCAUUGCCUUCUCGCAACGGAGCCAAGUGUGGUUGGCCCCUUUAUUUGGCGCCGCACGUGUCCCCUGGCACUAUGGCGGGAGAGACGAAGGCGCCUGUUGACAAUGAGUGUGACUUCUGUAAAUGCUGGUUGCCCGUGUAUAAAUGUGUACAUAUAUUCUCUUACGAGCCUUGUUCCCCACUGCAACCUGUUUCCCCACUUACCUCCCUGUUCGUCCCCAACUCCCCUGGUGUUAUUAAUGAAACGAUGGUGGCGAGAGAGACCAGAAGAGCCCUGCAAUAAGAAGCAAACAGACAUUCCAGGAAAACAGAAAAAAAGGGACACCCUUUCUUCUUGUUAGUUUAGGGCAGAGAUGUGAUAAAGUGUGGAAAAAGAAAAAGAUAGUCUCACAAUUUAUUUAUUUUUUUUACUGUGGCCCUUUUGUUAGCGAUUAAGGGGACUUGCAUUUGUGAAGGCCGGACCUGCUGAUGUUUUGUUUUUCUUUCUCGAAGAAAGUGGCCGUUGCAUAUAAACGCAUAGGAAGCAACCCCCGUUGGUCCUUCUCAACACCUUUUCCUUUCUUUAAUCGCAUGAUGAACGUUUUGUAUGAUGAUCGCAGACUUUCGAGUGUCAUGCUAGGUUUUUGUGUCUGAAGCCAGCGCUUGUAGGAAUCUGAUUAGGAAAGCUGGCCAUCAUAUUGUGCUAUGUACAUACCUGGGGUCAUGCUUGGGAGCUGUCACUUUUGGCGCUGGAAUACACAUCACUGCAGUGAGCAGCAUUCAUUCUGCUGUCAAAGAAAUGUUUUUGCCGUCUGCCAGCCCCAGCAAUCACUGGAAUUACAUGACGUGGAAGUAUUGCUGAUGCCGAGCAUACUACCCAAAAUUUCCUCCUUUCUUGUAACACCUGCUUCCCGGGGUUAAAGCAGAAGACACACGGUACAGUUACACUUGAGACCUGAUGUGCAACCUGUCAUGCCAAUAGGUUCCAAUAAGCAGAACAUCAUUAGGCAACACAUGAUACAUCCCGUACAACAAAAGUGGCUCUUCCAAAAGUGAUCAGUCUAGAGCUUGACCCCAAUUUGAAGCCACGCCAAAGCUGUCUGCUGCUUUGAUAACUCCAUUGAAAUGCAAUCUUUUUUUGUUAUGUUAGACAUCCUGUGCUGGUGUGCUGCAGUGUAUGUUGACUGGAACACUUGGUAAACUUGUUCUGUGCACUGAAUAAUUUGAAACCUAGUUGUCCGUAGUACAAUUGAAGAUGACCGCUAUCUGUUGUGAUAAGAGUGCUUAAGCGAAACUUUUGAAAUGCAAAAUGUUAUUUCACCGGAGCAUGUACAGUGGAUACAAGUAAAGCCCAGAAAUGAACAUUUCAUACUGUUCAUAAUUGGCACUGCAGGCUCUACUGACGGUUCUAGCUGUGAUUACAUUGGCAGUCAUUUUCAGUAUUGGCUCACAGGUUUUUCUUUGCACUGCUAAAUGUAUGCAAAGUGUGAAACAUCGAUGGAAAAUGGCACUUCUCCAUGGUACACAAAGCAGAUGACGCAAGCAUUCAUAUGCAUUGUCUGCCUAUUGUCCUGACAAAAGUGCAGUUUUUCUUUCAUUGCUUUUGAUAUGCACCCAACGAUUGAAAUUAGCUAUUGGGUUAUCCAGUCAUUUGAGCCAAAUCCUUCACUGAUUUGGCUCAACACUGCAUUGAAGCAACUUCUGGCUAUGCAUUCUAUGUGGGCUGUCCACCAGUUAAUGCUGCACUUUUGUGUAGCGAGUACUGUCCAAGUAAUUGCUGUCCCAUUUUAGGCAUCCCUAAAAAUUUUGAACUUCUCAUAAUCAUUGUGACUUAGAUUCGCAGGGAUGGGGCAGUCAACACACCAUGCAGCAUGCUGCCACAGUGUCUGCAACAUUGGUCAGCUGACGCAGCAGUCUCAUAAAACUGAACCUAAUAUAACAGGAAUUAGUGUUUGUGCAUUGACUUGCCAUUACAAGCGUCUUAUGUUGCCAGCAAGCAUGUAUUGGUUGCUCUUCACAUACUUGCAUCUUUUAAUGUAGAAGGAAAAGGGACCCACUCACAAAGCCUGCAUUUAUAGUAUGCUUCGUUAUAUCUUUUGCAUGGUCAGCUCGUCCCGUUUUCUGUAAUUAAAAGUAAUGAUGUUCUCUAAUUGUUGAAAAAUAGGAUGUCUGGAAUAUUUUAUGCAAGGAGAGUUUAAAAGAGAGGGAGCCACAACAUUGCAAAACAAUUGUGUGGGCACAAUUUCAGUGAUACAUCCAGAUUUUUCUCGGUUGUACCCUGUGUGUUAUACUGGCAUCUUUCACUGCUUUCCUCCUUUAUAUUUUGUGCAAUUACUUUAUAUUCUGUGUUGUUUGAUCAAAGCAUUUUUCCCAGUGCGACUUCUGCUGUGAACCUUUCUUUUUCCUCUCCCGAAGGUUUGCAUUAAUAAUUUUUUACCAAAGAAACAUUUUCAAUGCAUUUACGGUUGCUUUUAUUUUUACUGCAUUUUGAUUUUUUGCAAGUGAAGUUGGUUGUAUGUUUACAAUUGGACCUCGAGAUCUUUCAGUGGCAUUCCAACAGUAGGCUUGUGAUCUCUUCUAGUCGUUAAAAAUCCCUCAACAAUGUACCAACUACAGUUUCAUCAGUCAGCACUGAGCUAGUCAUUUUUGCAAAUCCAGUGGAAUUUCAUUUAUAAUGACCCUUAUGUGGCUUCACAUCAAGCACUUCCAGAAUGCCAGUGUGUUCAUUUGGGGAUCCUCACUUGGAGUUCAUUUUUCACUGCAACACCUGAUACAAUGCUCUAAGCAGUUUGUGCUUGGAGAAAAAAAAAGAAAAAUGAAAAAAAGAGACGGCACUGUCUAGUCCACUUGGCUUUGUGGCCUAUGAUACAUUUCUGGAUAACAUAAAAGCAUGCAAGGAGAAUGUAUCUAGUAGUUUGCAAUUGCCUACACAUUUAAAUUUAAGGCGAGGAGACCAUAUAUAUUUGUGAAUUUGUCACUCAAACCCACCACAAUACUUUUUACUUUUUUCCCUUAUCUUAGCAAGCGGACAGGUGUAGAAAAGUUGUUGGAGUGACAUGCUAGCAUGACUUGCAAUUUUCUAUUGUAUGCUUAAUACGAAAUACAGCCGGCUUGCAUUUAUUCACACUCCAGAGGGCCAUAGACCUUUGUUUGAACUGUUCAGAAAGGUUUGGCACAAAACAGAAUUAUUGGUUGAUACAGGAACCCACAAACAAUCUGCAGUAACAAACAACUGGCCACUGCUUGCUUUUGCUAUAGAGAAGGGAGAAAUAGAGUCAUUGGGCAAGUGUAUUGAGAUAUCAGAACUAUAAACACAUGACCAGGUCAGUGAUACCCACCAGUGUGCAUGGCAAGUGUGAAUAUCAAAAUGUGCCCACACUUUAACUAUUUACGCCUUAGCAACAUCCCCUCAUCAGCCAGCUGUAGCUGCACUUCUGUGUCCUGGGAAGCAAAAGAGGUUGGUUUGAUCGACAACACUUUUGUAAUUGAACAAUUUUUCAAGGUGCAUUGGCGUAGCAGGUGAACCAAAAUUUUGAGAUUUGCUUAAACUAACAUAGUCACCAGAGUUUGAAUUAUUGCAAGUCUGCUGUAUUGGUUUGUCAGGAUUGUUGGCUACAAGACAUUACAUUUCUUUAAGAGGUUAAGCCAUGUGUAUUCGCACAACUGUGGUCUGAAACGUACGGAACCCGAGUCUUUCCAGUCAGUGCGAGCUCGCAGUAGUGGUUCCUUUGACGAUACCAUGUCUGGGUUUCAUGUGAUGUCGUAACCUUCGUGUGAAACAUUAAAAAAAAAAGGGUAUGCCUGCAAUGAUAGGAAUGUUGCUGUAACGAUGUGAACAACUCUGUGAAAAAUACUACAAUAGGGGAGUGCAAUGUGAAAUAAAAAAAACAAGACUUAACAGUGUUCACUUCAGCCUGCUUUCAAGGGUUUUACGCAUUGCAACAGCAGGUCUGGCCUGGCACCUGCCUGACGCAUGCGUGGGGGGGUCCUAGGACGUAGUGAUGCAGCGUGUGCCAUGACUGCGAUGAUGGUUCAACUUAGUAGAGGUGCUGCGGUUCCUCGAAAUCAAGCCUGCAGAAGCGCGCCUGCUCCUCGCUAUAUUCGAAAAAAAAAAAAAAAGCCAGCAGCCUGUUGUACAUCUGUGCUUUCUUAUGUCUCUAUCUCUGUGUGUGCAUGCGUGUAUAUUGUGUGGAGGCUUGAAUGCACCAACGACAGUGUGGUUGAAAAGUUUUGGGACGGCCUCAUGCAGGUCCGCUCAGAUGCCGUGCACUUCGCUUCUGGAGUGCAUGCUGGUGUAGUUACUGUUCACAAUCUUACAUCUGUUACAUCCGUUUCGACUGCAUGUUCUACAGCACAAUGUACAGGGUCGUUGACACUUGAUGGAACUUCGUUAGCCAUCACUUCUGCAUAACUUCAGUAUUUCUGUUACAUUGUGGGAAAAAAAAAAAAGUGGCCAAUGUGGCGCCUAGGCCUGCCAUCUCUCAAUAGCACUAAACCUAUAAGCCUCCAUCUCAAACUGAAGCUUCUACACACCCUCGAAUAUUAAUGAAGUGCUCCUCCACAAAGUGGCCGACCCUGCAUGCGGAGGCUUGCAUUGUUUAAAAAAAAAGUUUCUGUUGUGGCUAGAACAUUGUGCCGCAACUCAGAUUUCAUAUUGGUUAUCUUUACCCACUAUAAUCGAAUUCAGAAGGAUGCCCACGUCGGAAAGCUGCAACUUUCCACUCCCUGGUUGGUCUGGCCUGCAGCGAUUCCAAAACCUUUCAACCAUGUCCUACUGUUGUGACAAAAUUAUGUGCAGACAAAAAUGCCCGGCUGCUCAUGUUCCCUAGGAAAUUCCAGGAAAACGCAAACCAGCGAUCUGAAGUUCCUCAUACAACUUGGACCUUUAGAGCUGUGAGAAUUUAGAAACAAGAAGAGUGAACAAACACAAUGCUAGUGCAUCAUUCGAUGAUGGUACAGCUAUUGCGUGUCCACCAUUUUGCUAUUGUAGAAGCAAAACUGGGAGAUGUCUUCAGCACUUGUUCCCUGUGCACAUUUAAUUUUGUCACGACAGUAGCUUGUUCCUUUGUUCACUUGUUAUAAACUGUUGUCUUGUACAGGACGCUUAGCUGUGCUAGGCUGUAGUAAAUUAAGUUUUGUUAAAGAAAAAGAAAA